AUGAUGGAUGCAAAGAAUGUAAAUUUGUCUGCUACAAGCGACUACAAUGAACAAGAUACCUUUGAUGAUAAUAAUGCUUUACAAUAAAGAAUUCUUUCUUAAGAUGGAAGAGACUCAAAGUAGGAGAAUCCAUAUAUUCAAUCAAAAAGAAUUUGGAUGCUACCUAUGGUUGCAACUGUUUUGUUUGGCGCUUAUUUUAGUGUUAAUUUUUAAUCUUUUGUUAAAGAACAACUAAUGAGUUCAAUGAAUAUGUCUAACAGUGAUUACUCUCUAUUCGUACUAAUUCCAACUCUGCCAAAUAUUCCUCUGCCUUUAUUAAUUGGUCCUCUUUUAGAUUCAAUCGGACCUCGUUUGGGAGUUACUUUAUUUACUUUCUUACUCUCAGUAGGAAUGGCGAUUUGUAUGAUUUCUAUAAGCACUGGAUCCUUUUUUACUCUUCUUAUUGGCAAAACUAUACUAUAAACUGCAGUCGAAUGCUAAGGCAUCGCUCAUGGUGGUGUUGUUGGAAAGUGGUUUACAGCCAAGGGAUUAGCUUUUGCUUUUACAUUAACAAGUUUAUUCUGUAAAAUUGCCAGCUCUACUUCUGGAAUUAUUUAUCCUUAACUCUAUAAUAUUAAUGAUAAUUUGAUGGCUCCUAUGUCUCUUGGUAUAGCUUUGUGUGCUAUUACUCUUAUUUAGGCUUUUGUUAUUUUCUAUUUCGACAAGCAUUCAGAAAAUUAUAAUCACAGUAACAGCAGUGUAUAAUCAGAAGGAACUAUUGUAUAAAAGAAGAAAUUUAAAUUAAGCGAUUUUAAAAAGUUUGAUAGAAUGUUUUGGAUGUAUGCAAUCCAAUGCCCUAUGAUGUUUGGUGCUUUCUAUGCAUUCGAAAAUUAUCUUUAAAGUGUUUUAAUUCAUAAAUUCUUGAUUGAAAAAACAUUAGCUGGUGAACUUGUGUCUAUUCCUUAUUGGAUUGCUUUUAGUACUCCUAUUUUUGGAUUCUUAGCAGAUAAAUUUGGUUUAAGAUGCAUAUUCUUAGGAGUUACUACCUUCCUCUCAUUUAUUUCUGUCUUUAUUUUAUGGUUAUUGCCAACUGGAGAAAAUGAUUUUGUAGUCUAUACUGCCUUGAUUAUUUUUGGUAUAUUUUUGAGUGCUAUGUGUGCUUUCCUUUAUCCUACUCUUCCUUUGAUUUCUCAGAAAGAACUCCUUAGUACAGCAUUUGCUAUUUGUUAUACUACUAAAAAUGGAGGUCUUGCACUUCUAAAUUAUUUGAGUGGCUUACUUUUAGGUGACGAUGAUUAAGGAUAUAAUAGCUUCUUACUAUGCUACGUAAUUCUUUUCUUUAUAUCAUUAUGUCUAUCCGGUUUGAUCUACUACUAUGAUCGUAAGCAUGGGUCUAUAAUAAAUUCCACUACUCCUUAGCGUUAUAUUGAUUAUGUGGUAGUUAAAAGAUAAAACAGAUAAAUGAAGAAAUUAACAGAAGAAUAAUUUGAAAAAUGA